AUGGAAGCUCGUGAAUCAGCUGCCGCAGGGCAGAAAUGCUCAAAUAAGGAAGCGGUGAGAGAGAAGACGCCUCUUCCGAGAAGGUGGGCGUCUGAGCCCUCAGCAACCACCAAGCAAAGCACUUUUACUGACCCAGAGGCGAAACACCGGGAGAGUUUGCCAGGUGGUGCCACCGGGGGGUCAGCACCUCAGCAGAAGUACGCAUAUACAGGGAAUUCUGGGAAGCUGCUAUCUGGACCCUCUGCAGUCGGGGCCAUGGGAGGUCCUCCAUCUCAAGACCCCAAAGGGCCAUUUGCUCAGGGGUUCCCAAGAGGAUAUCCCUACCAGCUGGGUCAACCGUACCCCCAGCACCCCCAGACUGAUCGCUUUCUUUCAGGAGCCAAACCUCAGCCAGGUCUGGAGCCUCACGCCUGGCCAUUUGCAGGCCAGUUGCCAUCAGAUGACCUGUACCCUGUAGGACACCCAGGACACACUGGGGCAGGUGCUGGGAGGUUUCCUCGCCAGAAAUCUCCCAGCUUACCCAGCUCCUUCGGACAGUAUUCUCAGUCGAGCUCUGAGCUUGGCGAGGAGGGGUACAGCAAAAAGGAGCAGAAGCCAAAAAAACCCGGUAAGUAUAUCUGUCACUACUGCGGGCGAGCCUGCGCCAAGCCCAGCGUCCUGAAGAAGCACAUCCGCUCACACACCGGAGAGAGGCCAUAUCCAUGUGGACCCUGUGGCUUCUCCUUCAAAACCAAGAGCAACCUGUACAAGCAUCGCAAGUCCCACGCUCAUGCCAUCAAGGCUGGACUCGUGCCAUUUUCAGAGCUAGCUGCAGCACGCAGUGGGGACGUGGACCAGGCAUCCCCAGUAGGCGAGGCCGAGGUCCACUCGGACGGAGAGCAGAGCACCGACACGGAUGAGGAAGGCGUGGAGGGUUCAACCAUGCUAAUGGACAAAGACAGCCCCAUCCCACAGAUCUCCUUUGAAUCUGACAAGAAUGCAGGUCAUUUCCUACAAAUUUUUUAAGUUUGUCAUCCUGAUACUCUGUAAACAAAAUUUACAACACCAGUGUUAGAGCAGGCAGGGAUGGUUAGCUUUUUAUUUACAGCCUGUCUUUAUUUUAAACAGUCCAGAGACAUAGCUUUGAAUGUUGAAACUGUAAAAUGUUAGUUUAAAUUCGAUAAAGCACUGUGAUUGUUAAAAGUAGAUCCACAUUCAUGUUUUUCAUCGUGGGUCAUCAGCUUUUCAUUUCCCAACACUCUGUAAACAUUAGCGAACACAGGAGACUGUUUUCCUCUUCUUCUACCGCCUUAAAUGGGCUAUUUUUCAAUGACAACAUUUUUUUCAGUUCUAGUGUUUGAUAUGUUGCCUUUGAACCGUUUCUUUUAAAUAUGGACUUUGAAAACCACCAAAUUCUCAUUUUUUUAUAAACAUUUUGUGUCUAAACUCUUGGAUAAUUGUUAUGAUAAGCUGCUAAGAUUUCCCUUAAAGAUUUCUCUUCACUAUCGUUUGUUACUGCCUAUAUGUCUGUGUUGUGCACCAGUUUUCCACUUUGUAUCAUGCUCACUCUGUCUCUCUGCACAGGUGGUGGGGAACCAGCAUAUGCAGACUCAGCUGAAGAGUUGCCCGUGGGGCCUAUGAAAGUGCCUAUCCUUAUUGUCCCCAAAUCUGGAGGAGUCCCGUCCACAGGAAUGGAGUGCCCACCCUUUCAGGACAUUAAAGGGUCACACCACAUGUUAGCAUCACAGGCUGGGGUAAGGGCACACUCACUGGAUGACUCCCCCAGCAUCAGACAGCGCUUGGCUCUCAAACUUAAUGAUAAAAAAGGCCUAGACUCUGACUCUGCCAUGUCCCAGUCCUUGAACCUCCUCAGUCCCAACAGCAAAGGGAGCACAGACUCUGGCUACUUCUCACGCUCUGAGAGUGCUGAGCAGCAGAUCAGUCCUCCAAAUACGAACGUCAAGACGUAUGAAGAGAUUAUGUUUGGUCGGACUUGGUACUACCGUCCAAACACUAGACCCAGACAGUCUAUCACAGUGGGCAUGGCAGGAGCAGACCCCAGCAGUCUGGCUAGCAUCAAGCAACCAGGUGCUGUCAUGGACAUGGGUAAGAGGGCUGAGGAUCAUAUCUGUUUCAGAGGGGAUGUAGGAGUCUCUGGAGAUCCCAAGCAGUAUCCAACAGGACCCUGUCAGAGCAGCACAGGACUUCUGGAGCCUCCGCCAGAGUCAGGGCAUCUUAUCAGGAGUAACUCUAUGCCAACUUCCUCCCCUACUAACCUCAGUGUCCCUCCAGGGAUCCGAGGCAGCCACUCCUUUGAUGAGAUGAUGUCUUCAGAUGACGUGUUUUACCCCCCUCGCAGACUCAGGAGACAGGCUGCCUUCGAACAUUCAGCCAAUGAAGCUCACACAGGAGAAGCAGAGGGCUAUGGACACAUGUCCAAAAAUUUAGCUUCAUCUCUGGGUAUGAAGCUCGGUGAGCGCAGCCCAGGAGUCCCGGAACACAUCACCUACAGUCCAUAUGGUACUAAAGUUAGCAUGUCAGAAAUAGCUACACGAAAAAGGAGAAUAGAGAAGAGUGUCGGGGAUGAAGAGGAUAGUCCUGGGCACUGUGACAGCAGCUGUAGUGGUUCAAUGGAGAUGAGUGGGGAUUAUGAAUUUAAACAAGGCAGUCUGGAUGGAUCCAGAGCCAAUUCUAUAGGGAAGGGCUCCCUUCAAAGCGCCCACAGCCAGUCGGACAGCUUCGAUACCUGUGCCAGCAUGUGCUCCGAGGACAUUGCACUUUUUCCUGACUCUGAGGGCAGGAAGGCAGCUGGGAAUGUCAUAUCAGUCAUACAGCACACCAACUCCCUCAGCCGGCCAAACUCCUUUGAGAAGUCAGAGUCCUUCGAGCAGCCAGGUUAUCAACCAUCAGAUAAAGCUUUAUCAAGCCAGCACUCUGAACAGUCUGACACAGAGAUCUUUGAGGAUGCUCUGAGUCCUGAAUCCGUCCUACUGAGGACAGAGAGCAUGGAGCAGCAGCUUCACAGUGACAGUGACCUGGCCUCCCUUUCAUCCUCAUCAGCAGCGGCCUCACCUGGACAACCUUACCACAUCCCUCACAAACUGGUCCGACAACCCAACAUCCAAGUUCCUGAGAUCAGGGUGACGGAAGAGCCUGACAAGCCAGAGAAGGACACAGAAUCUUCGAUGUCCAAGGAGCCUGAGAAGCAGCAGCAGCAUGUGGAGGAGUUCCAGCUGCCACAGAGGAGCGACACUCUCUCUCAGAUGCCGUCAGAAAAGCUACCGCCCAAGAAAAAGAGACUGCGUCUGGCGGAUAUGGAGCACUCAUCAGGGGAAUCAAGUUUCGAGUCAACCUGUACUAGCCUGUCUCGCAGCCCCAGCCAAGAGAGCAACCUGUCUCACUCCUCCUCCUUCUCAAUGUCCUUUGACAGAGAGGAAGGCCUCAAGUCUGCCUCGCCUACCAAACAGGUAAUCUGUUUAAGAUUCCCAAGCAUUCCAACUACCAUUCUCAUAGUUGAUGUGCUGUUAUCAGAGCAUUUACACGCAGCACCUGUAAUUUUCUUUGGGAUUUCUCUGCAGGAUGACUCAGCAUCCAGCGGUGGAGCGAGGCAGUCGGAGUUCCUGACAGUGCCUGGGAGCAGCCAUUCCAGUCACCAUCAGCAGAGAGAGAUGAGGAGGUCUUCAUCUGAGCAGGCGCCAUGCACCCUGCCCACAGAGCUGCCUGAAAUGAGGAGUAAAUCCUUUGACUAUGGAAGCUUGUCCCCCUCUCGACAGGGAGAGAUUUACUCCAGUGCCAGUGCAAUGAAGGAACGCCGACGUGGAUACCUUGUUCGACAGGUAACCUGCAAAGUUUGCUACUUCUGUAAUCCUUUAAACUAAAGUCCCGGUACAUUUACCUGUCCUUAUGACAUACCAUGCACCAAACCACUGUAGUCAAGCAGAACAAGUAUUUGCUUUAAAUGAGUUAAAUUCAGCUUGAGCUGGGAAGAGCGGACUUCCCCUUUGCUUCAUGGGCAGAUAUGAUGGAGUAAGGGGGAACACAACUGAGCAGCACCAGUGACAAUCCAUGUGACCCUGGUUAAAUCACACACUGGGCUGAUUCGGGAGCAGGAUGAGUCAGCAGUUUAAAGUGGUUUAAAGAGAAGGAACUUUUCAUAUUUGACUGCUGAAUGUGUAGAGGGUAACUGGCUGAACUGUCAGCUGACAUGGGCUGGUGUUAAGGUCUUCAGAUGGACAGUAGGUAGAGUUUGACUUGUGACCUGCCUUGUGACCUCAGUUUUUGAAUACGUCUCAUUUUCGACUUACAAACGUACAAAUGUCUUUGACAGGCUUCUCUGAGCGUUUACCCAGAGGCAGUCACCCAGGAGCCAGGAUCAGCUGAGAUGUCCAUCAAACAGGAGAGUCUGGAGCACGGUGCAUGGCCUGGUCCAUCUGGAUCUCCCCACAGCAGUAGUGAUGUAGCCUGCAGAGCCAAAAGAGUUAGCAGUGGCACCAGUGGUAAGUCUGCAAGUACAGUGCAGAUCAAUGAUGCAAACUGGGUUUUUUGUGGUAUUUUCUAUGUGACUUUGGCUGAACUAUGAAAUGUAACAGUGAAAUGUUUGGACCAUGUUUUAUGUAAUAAAUUAUACAUUUCCAGUAAAUUUGCCACACAAUUGGAGGUCUUUAAGUUGAAAUUCUCUCAAAAUAUUUUUGUGGUGUUUUGGGCACAUUUGUAGGGUCUUUCCAACACCACCAGCAGCACCUCCUCCAGCAGAGUAUCAGUGAGGACAGCUUGCAGGAUGAACCUCUCUACAACAGGUAAUACAUGCAAGGUUCAGGCAGUACCAAAUGCUGAUUGUUGACUGUUGGCACUCCCUCUAGGACUGCAUUUUCACCAAUACAGGAGGUUUUAACAGGUUUUUUAAAUAUAAAAUGCAAAUGUGUAUAAGCAUGAUAUGAAAAAAAGUUCAUUUAUCUUUCUCUCACAAAAGGUCCCAGCUCCAUCGCCUGCACACCCAAGGCUCAUCAUCUGAGGGAGAGCAUCCAUGCCAAGAGGUCAUGCACAAAGAAGUAAUGCAGCAGUACCAGAAUGCACCUCCCUUCAUCUCCUUCCAGCAGCCAAGUCUGUUCUGGGGUCAAGAUGCCAGACAGCAGCUGACCCUCCAGGCUCAGCAACAACUCCAAAAACUCAACAUCAGAUCACCAAGCAACCUUCCUGGACACCCACUCCACAAACAACAACAACCACAGCAUCACCCCCUGCAGCAAAUGCCAGACCAACAGCCACAUGAUGGGAAACCAGAAAACCCAAAUUCCCAGUUCUACACUGCCUCUUUCUCAUCUCGCACCUCCAACCUGGCCCAACAGCAGACCUUCGUCUCCAAGCACUCACUGCCCACCUCAACCACCACUGCAAUGCUUCUGCAGCAGAUCCAGCCGGUAUUCGCCACCCAGAACCUCAGCUCUUCAGCCUCGCUGCCUGGAAUGCUGGUUCCUGUGCGGAUCCAAACCCACGUGCCAUCAUUUGGUAGUGUUAUGUACACAAGUGUUAGCCAGCUGAUAGCUACCCAUGGCAGCGGUCCGCAGGAGGUCGGUGCGGGUGGUGCUGAGAAUGGCAGCGUGGCUUCUUCAGGGGGGGUUUCCAGCAUAAGCAAACCCCCUGGAGGAAUAGUUGGAGGCAUUAGUGGGACGGGUUUCAACCUGUCACACUUCCUGGGACAGACUGAUGGUGCAGCGUCACGCUACCCACUCUGGAAAUCUCCAGAUUCACUGCCAGAGCAGCGCCUGAACACAGGGAUCCCACUGUCACUUACAUCAGGCACCAUAUCCACCAUAGACGCCUCAGGGUCCAGCAUCGGAGGCGGUAAGCGAAUGCUCUCCCCCACCAGUUCUUUAGAGCUCUUCAUCGAGACAAAGCAGCAGAAGAGGGUGAAGGAGGAGAGGAUGUACGGACAGAUAGUGAAGGAGAUGAGUGCAGUGGAGCUGAGCGGGACUGAAAGCAGCAGGAAAUCUGAGGGCAGAGGUCACCAAGUCUGUCUGAAGAGUGAGGACUCUCUCGAUGACCCUGAAAGGAUGGCCUCUUCUCCUCCACUGAAUGACUUCCCCAACAAGAUUGCCAUCCCUGUCCGCUCAGCUGCCCCCCACCCUCCUGAUGUUCCCCGUGCUGAAAGCUUUACACCCCCUCUCCAGAUUGUCACUGACCGUUCUCCAGGUUUAAGCGGUCGGGACUCCCCUGAGGAGCUUGAUGUGGAUGAUCCAGCCCCAGAGCCCAGCUCCAGCCCUCAGUCCAUGGUGUCCUCUGACAAUGCAGAGGACACUGAUAGCACUAACCAGCCUGCCUCUGGUAAAGUCCCCGUUAAUAUGCUGGUACAACUGGCCACCAACCAAAGCGCAGGAUUAUCUGGAGCAGUGGGUCAGACUCUGCUGCUCACAGAUGUGGCUGAUGUCCAGCAGUUUUUCCAGUUCCCCAGCCUGCGCACCACGAGCAGAGUCAGCUGGUGCUUCCUGAACUACACCAAACCCAACAGCACCCCAGUGGCCCAGCAGAGUUCCGUCUAUGGCUCAUGGAGUGUGAGCUCGUACAACCCCAACCCUCUGAGCCUCAGCACCAAGGCAGCGUUGGCUCUGCUGAGGUCGAAACAGAAGAGAAACCCUGACCUGAUCUUCUCAACUGCAGCCAUGUCCCCGCCCAGCUCUGGGAAAUUGGUGUCAUCGGUGGCCUGGAAGCUCAGGUUUGACCAGGUAUGACUGCAGACAUGUAAAACCUUCUGCACAUGGAGUCUGUGAUUUGCUUCAUUUCCUUAACACCCCCUCUCUCCUCUUUAGCUGAAGCCGGAGCUGAUGCCUGUGGAUGUCGGUCAUUUUGGAAGGAAGAUGAAGGGAGUGGUGUCUUGGGAUCGCUCGAAGGAGGAGCAAGUAGAGAAGGAGGUGUCAGUCAAGCAACCAACCAGCGAACCAACACGCAUCAAAAUCUUUGAGGGCGGGUAAGUCCAGGAAAUCCACAUGCUGUUCAAUAAUCCAGUCAAGUCUUUUUUGUAUUUCAUGCAUUUCUAUCAAACCCUGCAGAGACUGUGGCAAUAUUUCCAUAAUGUUUGAUAAACGUGGAUUAUAAGACUGGUCACUGAAAGCCUGACUCAGUCUGAGAUAUGUCAGCUGGAUUUUAAUUUUCUAUAGUCUGAUAGUCUCUUGGAUUAUAAGUAAUUAGCACUCUGAUGCUGAAACACACAUCAGGAUCCAGGUCUUUGUAGAGAGAUCCAGACUACAGUGUGAGUGUAGUUUGAGGGAUCAGGUCACUCUGGUCUUUCUGCUCCUGAAAUUUGAAAGAAAAUCUGCCUCAUAAAACGUAUAAAUGUAUAAACCUGUGCUGUGGAUUCAAUCAGAUCACACACAAUAAUGGUCCUGACCUUGGUUCAUAAGAAGCAGCAGCAGCAGCUGUGUAAACGUCUCGUUCUCAGGUAUUUCCCACCCUGUGCUGUGAGCUCAAACACAGAUUCCUCCGUUUGAUGCUCCUGGUAUUCACCUCCCUCUGAACUACACUUUACCUUCACUCCUGCAGACAGGAUUGAAACCGCAGCCAUCAGCAGCCGUUUUCUCUGCUCCUCCACAAAGAGGGGAGGUGAACGUGAUGCCUCUGUGGCCGAGCAGACAGAUGAAGUUGAGCAGCAUUUGACGGUGGUCGGGGGUAAUUUCCCUCCAUGACAGACAGGUCCUGCUGCCAAGUGUCCGCUGGUUCACUCCUGAGCCUCUCUGUCUGAAAAUCAGGUCUGACAGAGAUGUUUUCUACGACAAACCAAAGGAGGACUGUGGUCAUUUUUUUGAAGACCAGCAGUGAGAGAAUGAACGCCAAACCCAGAGAGGAACACUGCAUUGUUUCUCUUUAAGCCCGUCAUCCCUUCAAACAAAGAAAACUGUGUUUUUCUAUGUAGUAAAAUAAGACUGGGUUAUACGCAGGUCAGACUCAGAGGGAUAUUUACUCCUCUUUUAUUUUCAUAAUUCUGGAUUUAGACAGAAAAUACAAUCUGACAACAAUGAUUCUGAUGUUUCCAGGAAAAGUAAAAGAGAGGGACCAAAAUUACCAACAGAUUUAUUUUUACCUGAAACUCUCUGAAUAAAUCUGCCAAGAAAAUGAAAGAACACCUUUCUUUUUUAACUGUAAAAUAUGAGAGAUUUCUCCCUGAAUAACAAGCAUGGAAAUGUACUUGCUGUUAACUACACAAACACCAGUGCAUUUGCUGUGCACGGCCUCAAAAAUUAAUGCAACAUGCACGUAAAUUGCAGUACUCACAUGAACAGCAGGGGGUCGUGUGGAAGCUAACACGGCUGCAGGAAAACAAGAACAACGGUUGUUUAAAGAAGGACUGAUGGACCGAUUUCCACAUUUUCAGACUAUAACAUCAGAGUGUGGGCAGGGCUGAUCAUGUGAUCUGUCCACUGAUCAUCAGACACUAAAUUUUGUCUAGUUUGCUCAUUCAAAGACGGCUGAGGCCCAGAAAAGAAAUCUGUGCUCGGUGCACAAUCAGUAGGGAUAGACCCUACGGAUGAAUAAAUGGAUGUGGUUGAUGUCACCUGUUUGCUUGUGAAGUAGAAAUUUAGAGCUUAUCUUGUUGAAAUGUUGACUCAGCCAACCUUCAGUCACCACCUUUAUCUAAAGAAUUACUUGCAUGUGUCAGUGAAAUUUGAUGUUGUGGAUUCUUUGGACAUAUAAGAGCUCCUUGUCUUUCCACAUGUUUACGUGGACUGCUGCAGGGAGAGUCCACAACACUCACUGUGCUGUCAGAGUAAGGGGUGAACUGAUAACUCUUGAGUAUGAUGCUGAUUCUUCUGUUUUGAUUGAAAGUUUGUUAAAAUCACAUGAACUGUUUCCUGAUUUUCCGAAUUCUAAAUUUGGAUAAAAGAUGUCUUUAGCGGGAGGUUAGCACAUCAAUGCAAAUACUGGUUAUUAUGAUCUGUGCUGGUAUCAUCUGUGCUGUAAAGCCUGUAAAUAAAUGGUGCAGUCAGAUAGACAGAUGUGUAACUGCAGAGCCAGUACAUCCAGACUUUUAAAAAAUAUUUGGUUUUUAGAUGAUGAGCAUCGAUUUCACCUGUAAUCAGAUGAGAACAGAUCCACUUACAUUCUUCAUUUUCUUCCAGGUAUAAAUCAAACGAGGACUACGUCUAUGUUCGUGGUCGUGGUCGGGGGAAGUACAUUUGCGAGGAGUGCGGAAUCCGCUGCAAGAAACCCAGCAUGCUGAAGAAACACAUCCGAACGCACACCGAUGUCCGGCCAUAUGUCUGCAAAUUCUGCAACUUUGCCUUCAAGACAAAAGGUAAAAAUGAUUUAACUACUCUGUCGGAGUCUGUCGGAGAAAAAAUAAUCUGAGCUUUUAUUUAAUAUUGAGGAUUUUAGGACAAAAGCACUCUGUCUUUAUGCCACAGGAAACUUUUUUGGCAUCUUUGUGUUGACUUUUGAUAGACAGAAUCUUAAACUGCAGAAUAAGAAUCUAAAAAGCAGUUAAAUCAGAAACCUGCAGAGAGGCUGUUUUCAGGGUCCAAGGUCAGACAGAAACUUCCUCUCUGAGGCUGAAGAUGCUGACGCUCUGAUAUCUGAUGGAAGACCAAAAUAAAGGAGCGAAUAAAGCUCAGAUUGCACUCUGCAAAGAUACAAACAUGUGUUUGUUUUGUAGGAAAUCUUACCAAGCACAUGAAGUCCAAGGCUCAUAUGAAGAAGUGUCUGGAGUUAGGAGUCUCCAUGUCGUCUGUGGAAGACAACGAGGCCGACGAAGGAGGUGAGAACCUGCAGGAGGAGCCGUCACUAUUCAGUCAUUACCUUAUUUAGUUUUUAUGUUAGUAAGUUAUUCAGUUUAUUAAGUUAGUACGUCAUUCAGUUAUUACAUUAGUAACUGUUCAGAUCUAUCUAAAGAAAUCAUAGGGACACAGAAAGGCUGUAAAAACUGAAUCAGAGUGAAAACUGGGACUGGCUUUAGAAACAUCAGCUGAUUGAUGUUUAAACUAAAACUGUGAUGGUCAGAAUGAGACAAAGUCUGAAUGCUGGAGAUUUUACACCACAAACUCAUUCAACUUAACCUCAGCUCUCUCUCAGACACACACACUCUCUCUCUCUCUCACACACACACACACACUCUCACUCUGAGGGUUUUUGGCAGAGACCUCCUCAGAGCCGCCCUGCAGACAGUCAGACGUAAACCCUGCGGUCCGUAAUAAAAGGUUGUGUAUGUAUCUGAGAGACUAACUGGAAAAGUAGUCCGUUGUUAGUGGAUCUGGUUUCUGCUCACUAAACAGGAGUUAUUAACUUCACACAGCUCCGGCUCCUUACAGGAAGACCAGGACAAACGAAGAAAAGUGAAAAAAAAAUAUCAGAGGAAUAUUUUCAGAUUUGACUGAUGGACGUAUAAGGUCAUGAGAAAAACUCUGAUCACAGCCGGACAACUGUCCGUCUUUGUGAAUGCAGAAACUUUAAAAACAUCGAAUCAAACACAGAAUCCACACUGUGAACCACAGGCAGUGGAUCUGUAAAUCUCACGGAGAAAGUGAAAGCAGAGAUGUUAGAUGAUCUGUUAAAGGCUGUUUAGAGAGGUCUGAAAUAACUGGUACUGACUGUUUUUCUGUUACUGACUGUUUCUCUGUUAUUGCUUUGAGCUGCUGGGAAUCUGACUGAUUCAUCUCUCCGUCUUUAGACACAUAUGAACCCAAACUCAGUUUCUGCUGUCUUACUUCUGCUGACUCUGCUUUUCCUUCUUAUUUCCUCUAUUUGGUUUUUCCUCCUCUCUUCAUUUAGUGGCUCCUCUGCACCUCCUCCUAUUUUUACUCCUCUCUCUUCUCAUACUUACUUUCUAUUUGUUCCUCUGUUUGCUGUUAUAUGGUGCCUUUACAGCUUUAGCUCAAGAGGAGGUUAUCUGCUGACACUCUUCAUCAUGUUUUUUCUCCUCCUCUUCCUCCCUCAGAUGUCACAGCUGAAGAUCAGAGGUCUUCUGAUAAGAUGGCAAGAGCCGCCAUGGCGGAGCAUCAGUUUUCAGACGCUGAUGACUCAGAGGGUGGCGAGGAGGAUGGGGAUGAAGUAGACGAUGAUGAGGAUGAGGAAGAUGACUAUGACGGUGACUCCACCCCCAAAACUCGCUCUCGAUCCACCAGCCCGCAGCCGUAUGCUCUCCCUUCCAUGUCCAUCACAGCCGUGGCCUCCUCCCACUCAGCUCCUCCCCCUUCCCAUCAUUCCACCUCUGACCUCCUGGGUAACACCAACAAGCCUCCGCUGUUUGGCUACUUCACCACCGUGCCCAGCAUCCAAAUCACGCCACAAGCUCCGCCCACCGAUCAGGUGGAGAGGGAGUACCAGCGCGGCCUGCAGAGGGCACUCGGCAGCAGGCUUCUGGCCCCUCCCUCCUCUUCCAUGGAGGAGGACCUCUCUGUCCCCUCUCCUGAACUUUCCUCACCCUCCUCCCGCCUCUCCUCACCCGGCCUGGACCUCUCCCCCUCAUCCUCCCCCUCACCUCACCGAUACCUCUCCCCACGCUGCGACCCCUCAUCCCGACCCGGACACCUCUCACCCCAACGGGACAUUUCCCCCCUCCGUCACAUCUCCCCCAAAAGAGACCUGGGGGUGUCAGGGGGGUAUAGGCGGGACCUCUCCCCCAGGAGGGGACACCUAUCCCUGCUUUCUCCUCUGUCUCGCCCCACGUCCCCCGCAGGAAGAGACUACAAGCGUGACCUUUCCCCCCGAGGCCGCCACAGGGGGAUGAUCCGACCUGUUUCUCCUCGUCGAGGGCUGCACCAACACCUCCACCACCAGGGGUGAGUACAGGGGGAAGACUGAGGUCUUAUUGUGUUGCUUUGAGCUUCAGAAAAUCCAGAAAAUUCAUAAACAUCCACACCAGAGCAGAACAGCUGAAACAAUUAAACAGAUUUGAUCACUGAACCCAAAGUUUUUGAGCAAAAACUACACCCACUAAUCAUGAACCACAUCCUUUAAAGCAUCAGGGCUCAGUUAUUAUCAUUCCUAAACCUCAAUUUAUCUAGUACUGCUCCAUUCAUUUACAUAGAUUCAAAACCAAGGCAGGGAGAGCAGCAGCAAUGAAACUAUUAUAAAUAAGACAGCAUAUAAAGGAGGAGCUUGUGAGGAGGAGGGGAGAAUAGCAGCAAAUACACUAAUGUUAAUCAGACAGAAUGAAAAAGAGGUGCACAGGUGGAGGAGGGGGGAGCAGCAGCAAAGACACUAUUAUAAAUCAGACAGCAUAUAAAGGAGGAGCUCGGGUGGAGAAGGGGAGGGAGCAGCAAAGAAACUUUUUCAAAUCAGACAGCAUAUAAAGGAGGAGCUUGUGAGGAGGAGAGGAGAAUAGCAGCAAAUACACUAUUAUUAAUCAGACAGAAUAAAAAGAGGUGCACAGGUGGAGGAGGGGAGAGCAGCAGCAGAGACACAAUUAUAAAUCAGACAGCAUUUAAAGGAGAAGCUGGGGUGGAGGAGGGGAGAGCAGCAGCAAAGACACUAUUAUAAAUCAGACAGCAUAUAAAGGAGGAGCUGGAGUGGAGGGGGGAAGAGUAUUUGCAAAGAAACUAUUGUUAAAUCAGACAGAAUAAAAAGAGGUGCUGGGGUGGAGGAGGGGAGAGCAGCAGCAAAGACACUAUUAUAAAUAAGACAUCAUAUAAAGGAGAAGUGGAGAAGGGGAGAGCAGCAGCAAAGACACUAUUAUAAAUCAGACAGCAUAUAAAGGAGAAGCUGGGGUGGAGGACGGGAGAGCAGCAGCAAAGACACUAUCACUUUUGAGGUAAAAAGCAGUUGGCAGAAGUAGAGUUGUCAGACUGAAGUCAUUGAAUACCACAAACAUCUUCACAGUAGAUGAUAGGUGUGUAAAGGGGAACUGGUCAAGCUGUCAGCUGAUAAACAUAUGAAACAGAAAGGAGUUGUGCUCUUCCCACUUUAGGCUUCCACAUAUGGAGGGGUUUGUAGAGGGAGCUCUCAGAACGGAGCCAAACCACCAAAUAUCUUUUUUCCGUGAAUGUAAUAAUUAUGGUCGACUGAAAAGACUUUCAUUUUGUCGUUGAGAGUGAAUCCCUGUUAUCAUGUUGUGUAGUAAAUCAUAUUUAAGUAUUUAAUACAGAUGGGUAAAUUUAAAAAAGAGCAGUUCAUCUUUCCUGAAAAGACAGUCUGACUUUAUGUAGUAAAAAAUGCUGAAACUUAGACAAAGCAUGCAGUGAGGUAUUUUUAUCAAUCCUCUUUCCUUCUGUCUGUCUGUGUUUGUGACCUCCAGUCCUCAGGGUGGAUCUCGGGGCUUCAGGCAGGCUCAUCAGGGCGGGAUGUUGGGUCAGACAGAGCUGGACCGUCACAGAGGCAGCGCAGAGAUGGAAACGGUAAGAGUGCAGUAAAGACUUACAUUCACUUUAUUAUUUGGAGCUUGAGUUAGGAGUACCACUGCGACAGGUCACUGCCAACACAGAGAUAUCUGCAGGAUUUACUCCGGAGAGACACUUUCAGAGGCAGCUUUACACCUUCAGCACUCUGAGUAUUUUGUCCAGAGAGAUGGAGGGUAUUUAUAGAGAGAGGAGGUAUAUAUACAGACAGAGGGUGGUUAUAUACAGACCGACUGGAGGGCUUGUAUGACGGAAUCUGGAGCUGCCCUGUCGGUGGUGGUACUGGGAUCUCGGCCGGGUCUCUGUGGUUAAUCAUUCGUCUGUUUUUGCUCUUAAAGUCUCCUCAGACUUUGGCUCGCUUGCUCUCUGAAACUGAGCAUUAAGCCGAAACAUCUCUGCUCUGAGGACUGAACACUGAAUUAUGAUAACGUGUUUUUAAUGUUUUCCAUUCAAAGGCCAUUAGUGUUUUUCUUCUUAACACCACCUGCAGUCCAGGUAACCCAGGUCUCUUACAUGAGGGCUUGAUUCAUCCGUCUUAUAUUUGGUUUUCCCUCAUGAAGCCUCAUCUGGGUGUUAAAGUGACAAACACUGUAACUAAGACGUCACAUUAUGACUCAGAGGAACUCUUCAUUUCAUUUGUAGUUCAGGUUUCAUGUUUCCGUUUGUGUUUGCAGGAACAUCGUCCAAGCUCACCUUCCUCAGGUGAACGGGCUGGAAGCCGUGGUAACCAGUCCAGUCCUCCUCACCAAGUCCUGUUCAGUCACCUUCCUCUUCACUCUCAACUCCAGGUGAGGGGAAAAAAAAUUUGUAGUAGUUUAAAUGUUGAGUUUUGGAAAAUGUAUGUAUUUAUUUAUUAGUGAUAUAUAGUUAUUAAUUAUACCAACUUUAGUAACAACCACAUGAUAGCAAUACACAGCGGUCUCAGCAGCCAUGCGCUCAACCAAAAAGCCACUCUAUAGACACAAAUAAUGCUCAGAACAGCACCUAACUUCAUCAACAGUAUAUAUAGGGUCCCGGCCACCAAACAUCUUUUUAGCUUUGCCUGAUUUCUUUAGCAAAGAGACUAAAUACAACUCACCCACUCUCUUCCAGCAGCCACUUGUUUGUACAGAGACCUCAGCGGGGUGACAAAGCUCAAGGAAGAACAUUUAUGAUCAUUUCCUCAUGGAAAUGCAAUCAGACCGGGACAAUAAGGCAGAAGAACUUUUGCAUCUGCAGUGCAAAAUGAUUAAUAUGAUGAUAAUACUUCAAGGAAAUAAUGAAGCAAUGAUCAUAAAUGUUCUUCCUUGAGCUGCUUCACCCCGCUGCAGUCGGUAAUGGACUCGCCUGAGGUCUCUGUACAAACAAGCGGCUGCUGAAAGAGAGUGGGUGAGUUGUGUUUAGUCUCUUUGCCAAAGAAAUUAGGCAAAGUUAAAAAGAUGUUUGGUGGGUAGUACUAUGGCUGGGACCCUGUAUGUACUGUUGAUGAAGUUAGGUGCUGUUCUGAGCAUUAUUUGUGGCUGUAGAGUGGCUUUUUGUCUGUGUCUUGCUAUCAUGCGGUAGUUACUAAAGUUGGUAUAACUAGAGAAGCAAGCAGUCGGCAACAUUCAUCUCUCGACGGGGUGUCUAACUAAGUGUUAUGGUGUGUUUGACCCUAACUUAAUUUUACACCGGAAUAUCCCUUUAAGACUCUGAGUAAGCCUCUUCUUUCUAACCUGACUCCUCCUAUUGUUUCAGGUGCGCUCUCCGUUCCCCAUGAUCCCCAUCGGGGGGAUCCAGAUGGUACACUCUGUCCCAACCGCCGUCAGCACACCUCUGGGCCAGCAGGGGGUGCAGCAGAGCACAUCCCGUCUGCUGCUGCAGAAGAGCACAUCAGAAGACUCCUCCAGCGAGGCCACCUCCUCUCACUUCACCUCCUUCACCCAGAGAGGAGCUUCAGGAGGAGUUGAGGGGCUGAAGGAGGCCUCCUCACCUCACCCCUGCUCACAGGGAAGGGAGGUGAGGCAGGAGCAGGAGGAGAGCAUCCAGACCUGCACCAAGGCCAUCGCCUCGCUCUGCAUUGACACUGAGGAGCUUGCCGACAGAGGGGGAGUUGAAGGAGGAGGGGGAGGAGGAGAAAUGUUAACUCCAGACUCCCAGCUCCACCAGCGCUCCCUCUCCCCUCACCCAUUGCCAUCACCCGGGAUUCAGCACUUUAGCGGCCUUGAGCUCAGGCCUCCUCCUCACCCAUCACUCCCCAUCUCCUCUUCCUCCCCCUCAUCCCCCUCCCCUCCUCACCUGCCCAACCUCAGCCCUGGAUCUGAAACCCUGCAGCCUCCAGGGUCGUCCAAAACCCCGAGGCUGGAGAGAGAGGGGGAGUUAGAGAGCACAAAGAGAGGCAAUGAGGAGUCAUAG